CAAGCAAAUUUAUAUACUCCUAUUCCAAUCAUCAACAUCUAUACUUUCAACAAUGGCUACAAACAUUGCUGCAAAUGUUGCACAGCGUCACUUUGGAGAAGUCCCCGUGAACGCCUCCAAUGAAGACAAACAAAAUGUCUCUUCCUCCACAGAUAUGCUUGCUUGCUGCUGGGUAGGCAAGGACAAAGUCGAGAUGAGGAGAGUCCCCAAGCCCGAUAUCACUGACGAGGAGGAUGUCAUUAUGCGAGUCACCGGAAGCACUGUUUGUGGAUCGGAUCUCCAUCUUUUCCACGGAGAGAUAAUGCAGCUCAAGGCAGGCGAGAUCCUUGGUCAUGAAUGCAUCGGUAUUGUCGAGAAAGUCGGAAGUGCUGUCACUGCAGUCAAGCCCGGCGAUCGUGUUGUUGCUGCAUUCAACGUUGCCUGCGGCAAAUGUCAAUUCUGCCAAAAGAAGCAAUUCACUGCCUGCGACUGCACCAACAACAGCUCCGUAAUGGAGAAGCUCUACGGCCAUCGCACCGGAGGCGUCGUCGGUUACUCACACUUUGUUGGUGGCUUCUCAGGUUCUCAAGCCGAGUAUUGCCGUAUCCUCUAUGCCAAUAACAACCUUCUCAAGGUUCCUGACAAUCUGCCUGAUGAAAAGGCACUGUAUCUCUCGGAUAUUGUUCCUACAUCCUAUCACGCCGUUUGGGAGGCUGGUGUCAAAGAAGGGGAUGUUGUCGGCGUCUGGGGUCUUGGACCCAUUGGUUUGUGUGCUGUCCAAUGGCUUCGUAACGUCUUCAAGGCCUCCCGUAUCCUCGUCAUCGACAAUGUUCCAGAGCGUCUUAAUAUCGCCAAGGAACGAUGGGGCGCCGAAAUCAUCAACUUUGACGAGUACACCGAUGUUUCUUCCAGAGUGAAUGAGCUCGUUCCCAACGGUUUGGACCGUUCAAUUGACUGCGCAGGCUUCCGAUAUGCAAAGUCCAUCGUCCAUAAGAUUGAGCGAGCUGUUGGGCUCGAGACGGACACAAGCGAGGUUGUCAACGAGAUGAUCCGUUCCACCAAGAAGUUCGGCACUAUGGCUAUCAUUGCAGACUAUGCUGCGUAUACGAACCAUCUUUUGAUCGGUGGCAUCAUGGAGAAGGGUCUCCGACUCAUCGGAUGUGGCCAAGCACCUAUUCAAAGACACUGGGAUGAAUGCCUUUCACAUAUUGUUUCAGGCCGAUUCGACCCUACCAUCAUUUUGACCCACAGAUUCCCCCUGAAGGAAACACCUGAAGUUUACAAGAAGUUUGAUGUGAAGCAUGCUGGCAUGAUGAAGGUCUUCCUUGAAACCCAGUUUAGUUCUCCUCCUGCAGCUGGUACUCCCAAGCUCUCAUCGGUGAACAGUCUCUAAGUGUGAAGCUGAAGUAUAAAACUUCCUUCAUGGAGUUCUUUUCACAGUUGG